GGCAGGGAAAUGAAAGAAUAAGUCCUCAACGGACGUACAGUAAAUCGUCUCUGCUGUAUCCGUCAUGUCGCCAUUGCCUACGCGUAAAAUCGGAGAGGAUUCUGUCACCGCCAUUGGCUAUGGAGCGAUGGGUAUAGCUGCUCACUACGGCAAGCCCUUGCCUGAUGAAGAUCGCCUCAAGUUUCUUGACUUACUGUUCGAGAGCGGCUGCACCAAUUGGGACACAGCGAACUCCUACAACGACUCGGAGGAACUGAUUGGUAAAUGGCUCGACAAAACUGGAAAACGAAAGGACAUCUUCCUCGCUACCAAGUUCGGCUUCGCUCGCCAGCCGGAUCGCCUAAUCAAUGGCGAGCCAGAAUAUGUCAGGGAGUGCAUAGAGAAGUCAUUGAAGAGAUUACGCACGGACUACGUUGAUCUCUACUAUCUUCACCGUGCUGACCCGAAAGUACCCAUUGAGCUGACUGUCGGGGCUAUGGCUGAACUCGUCAAAGAAGGGAAAGUGAGGUACCUCGGGUUGUCCGAGAUAUCCUCGGCUACCUUGCGACGAGCACAUGCAGUGCACCCGAUCGCCGCUAUCGAAGUGGAAUACUCCCCAUUCACCCUGGAUAUUGAAGACGAGAAGAUCGGCCUCUUGAAGACGGCUCGGGAAUUGGGCGUCAAAAUCGUCGCUUAUAGCCCGUUAGGCAGAGGCCUACUGACUGGGAGAUUCAGAUCUCCUGAUGACUUCUCUGAAGGUGAUUGGCGUAGAAGUGUCCCUAGAUACUCGAGGGAGAACUUUCCCAACAUCCUCAAGCUCGCAGAUGGAUUGAAAACCAUUGGUGAACGGCAUGGUGCGACGGCUGGGCAAGUUGCCCUCGCCUGGCUCUUAGCUCAAGGCGACGACGUCAUCCCCAUCCCAGGGACGACAAAGGUUGAGAACCUGCGAGAGAACUUAGGUGCUACAUCGAUUAAGCUUACAGAGGAGGAAAUUCAGGAGAUUCGGAUUUUGGCUGAGAAGUCCGAUUCCGCGCAAGGAACACGGUAUCCUCCGGGAAUGGUUGAGACGCUCUACGCCGACACUCCCGCUUUGGCAAAUCAGAUGUGA